AUGGUCCAGAGUCCAGGCAGACAAAAACAACCCAGAUUCCCCCUUCGCAGCUGAGCUACUGGCAAUAGGGCCUCUGUUCCCUACAGAUCUACACAACGCCCUCCUGGGACAAAAUGGAGUACAUAAACGCCCUGGUGCCAUCGACAUUGUUAAAGUCAGUGUCGAGUGCAAGCUCAGAACUCACCCGGCGUGUUUGGGCUCCGAGCCCCCCAACCCAGAGGCCAUUCCGGGUCUGUGACCACAAGCGCAACGUCCGCAAAGGUCUGACUGCAGGGACCUUGCAGGAGCUGUUGGUCAAGGCAAGGGAGACCCUGCUGAUCUCGAGCAUCGUUUCCUUGGUGCUGGAAGAAGAUGGCACCGUUGUGGACACAGAGGAAUUCUUUGACGUCCUAGACGAUAACACGGCCUUGAUGGUGCUGGAGAAAGGGCAGAAAUGGAGCCACGCCAGGGGCAGCAGCCGGUCAUAUGCGCUCAGCGGGGAGAAACCGAGGAACAGCCGCGACAUUGCCCGCAUCACCUUUGACGUCUACAAGCUCAACCCCCGCGACCUCUUUGGCAGCCUGAACAUCUCGGCCACUUUUUACGGACUCUACUCCAUGAGCUGUGACUUCAAGUGUCUGGGGCCCAAGAAGGUGCUAAGGGAGAUCUUGCGUGUGGCAUCCACCGUCAUGCAAGGCAUCGGGCACAUUCUUCUGGGGGCAUCCCACUACAUCCGCCGGAUCCUGGAUGGGGGCGAGAACUGGCACCCGCAUGCCCGCGUGAGCUACGAACGCUGAAACACAGCAUCCUCCUCCUCCUCCCUCUCCUGAGACAAGAUUCCUUCCCGGCACCUGCUCUUUCGGCUCCAAAGAAAUCCCAGAUCUCCGUGUUGGUUGGGGAUGUUAAUUAAAAAGGGUACAGUACCUUGGUUCUCAAACUUAAUCCAUUCUGGAAGUCUGUUCCAAAAACGAAAGCGUUCCAAAGCCAAGGCGCGCUUUCCCAUAGAAAGUAAUGCAAAACGGAUUCAUCCGUUCCAGACUUUUAAAACCCCCUAAAACAGCAAUUUAACAUGAGUUUUACUAUCUAACGAGACCACUGAUCCAUAAAACGAAAGCAAUAAUCAAUGUACUGUACUAUAAAAUAAAUAACAGUAUUGUAGAUGAUAAAAAUUAAAAUUGUUUUUUUCUUCUUACCUGCACUGAUGAUAGUCAGCUUUUAUCCAUUUCCGCAGUCACACAAUCAAUCAAUCAGUAGCUGAACUGGGUCCCAGUCACAAAAACAAAUGAACCGAAAAAGCCUCAGAAACAAAAACGCAAAAUAAAUAGCAAAAACAAAAGCGGCAAACUUAAUCCGUUCCAGAAGUCUGUUUGACUUCCGAAAUGUUCGGAAACCAAGGCGCAGCUUCUGAUUAGUGCAAGCGCCCCGGAAACAAUAGCCAACAGCUGCAUCGGAUGUUCCGAAAAAACAUUCAAAAACCGGAACACUUACUUCCGGGUUUCCGGUGUUUGAGAACCAAGGUACCACUGUAUUUAAUAAACA